GUGCCAUAAUUUUUCUAUUCUUUUCUUAAAGGGACAUCAGCCCCAGACCCAUGAUCCCGCCCUCGUCCUUGCCAGGCCAUGCCUAACUCUCUCCCUUAAUCACACUGUGGGCCCUGGAAGCAACUCCUGGAGGGAGGCAUUUCCAUCACGUCCCCUUGGCUGUCAGGAACCUGAAGACGUGGGGAAGGGACCCAGCUGCCCCAUUCCACCCAGCUCCUGAGAACGGUAGUGGGAUUCACACCCGGGCCAAGUGGCUCCAUAACUGCUCUGGUCUCCUGCCCGUAGGAAGGACCAGUGCUGUCACGAUGCUGCCUCUCAGCACGGUCGAGGGUGAGGACACUGAGGAGGUGAAGACCAAGCCACCAGAGAAAGGAGCCCUGCUGUCUGAGAACACUGAGGAUCCGCCAAAGAAGCGCUCCAGGAUGAAGGGAAGAAUGUCACUCAAAAUCCUGCCCUUCUGUCCCCUGCACUCCAUGCCAUACUUUGUUCUUUUCCUAAAGGGACGUCAGCCCCAGACCCAUGAUCCCGCCCUCGUCCUUGCCGGGCACCGGGCACUGUGCCUAACGCUCUCCCCUAAUCACACUAUGGGCCCUGGAAGCAACUCCUGGAGGGAGGCAUUUCCAGCACUUCCCCUUGGCUGCUGGGGACCUGAAGACGUGGGGAGGGGACCCAGCUGCCCCAUUCCGCCCAGAUCCCGAGAGCCGUGCUGGGAGUCACACCCGGGCCACGUGGCUCCACAUCCAGGCGCUAACUGCUCUGGUCUCCUGCCCGUAGGGAGGACCCGUGGUGUCAGGAUGCUGCCUCUCAGCGCCGUCGAGGGCAAGGACACCGAGGAGGUGAAGACCACACCACCGGAGAAAGGAGCCCUGCUUUCUGAGAACACUGAGGAUCCGCCAAGCAAGCCCUCCAGGAUGAAGGGAAGAAUGUCAUUUAAAAUCAUGCCGAUCUGUCCCCUGGUAAGCCUGCUGGGUUCCUCCCUUUGGCAGAGGGCCCUGGGUUCUGACUGGCCAGCACAUGCACCACCUUCUCCCCUUGUUCCCAGAUCCCACAGGAUGUGGUCCCAUCUCCUGGAGGAUGGUUUUUCCAGGUGAUACUGCUGUCUUUCCUGCCUCCUUCUCCUUCUUAAUUCCAAACUCUGUUACAUUGUCACCUCCUCCAGGAAGCUUCCCCUG